AUGAUGUCAAGGGCCGCGUACAUGAUGCAGGAUCAACUGCGGCGGAAUUAUGCCCUUAUCACAGAUGUUCAUACCCCUAACGUAUUCUUAGUGAGGGGAACCUUGCCGUUUCCACAGGGUCUCGCCGUUCUUACGCUUCUCUUUCGUGGGAGGCUGGCCGCAGACGUGUACAGCCACCCAUAUUUCAUAGAGAAACAGAGCGACCCGUCCCAGCCAUCACCGCAACUGCAUCUCACAGAAGAAUGUCAGAGCCUGAUGAAGAUAAUUAAAGGGCUACAUUUUAUGAAGGAUGACACCUCCAAGCUAGACAACACCAUGAUGUUUGUCACCGAUUAUAACGUUGAUGUCAAGGGGAACAUGCUUACUCUGAGAAGCGAGAGUGAGGAAGACGCAGACGCUGUGGAAAAGCAACGUCACCCGGGAGAGGGUGAUGAAGAGUGGCAGGAGCGUGCUCUACGCCAGCGGUGGCGAAGGACAGCAGCAAAUCGGCGCAACAACAGUAGUCAUGGUGACGGUUCCCUUGCGGAGGCUUCACUCCGUCCCUACACACGACAAAGCCAUUUGGGUAAUGCCGGGCAGAGCGAAACUGAGAAGACUCGGCGUUUCGUGGAACGACACGGGGGCCACACAGUACUCUACAAUCCAAUCGACACUGACCAAAAAACGUUUGACGCAACGAUUCAAAAGCUGCGUGAUGAGGAACGCGUUGUGAAGACGAUUGUUGUACCAACUCGACAGGGGUGGGGAAGCGUGCAUACAUGGGCGGAGGCUUUCCCUGAUGCGGACAUUUUCUGCAGCGGUGACGCGAUUCUUAAUGGUGAUCGUCGACUGCCUUUGCAGCAGCAGGGACAGCAAGACGGAGAGGUACGGCGAGUAGGUGGCUGUGUCGAUAUGGGCAACGGCGUUACGGGGCUUUCUUUUCCAGAGGUGGUGGAGAACGAAACAGCAGCCGACACAGCGGCUAGUAAUGAAAUCGACGAGUGUGCGGCAUCGGUUGGAGAUAGCGAGAGUGUUUGCCGCCUUUUUUCACAUCAGCUGUCUGCUGCAGGAGGGAAGGGCCCAGUUGAUGAUGAAGUAAGGCAUUUGCCUCGCGUUCGCCCGUUAGGCACAGUGCCACAGCAACAGAUUACACCCGAUAUUGAGCUUGUGCGGGUCGCUGGUGAUGACCAGACGAAUGAGUAUGUGUUGUACGACCGCGGCAGUGGGUGCAUCGCAUGCACAGACCUAUUCCACGGUGAGUACGGUGACUUGGACCCUGUCAAUUCGUGGAUGUGUCGCGUUUGGUUCAAAUUCAUGAAGGGGGGGAACUACAAGCGUAUUGAUCUCGUGCCACAGUUCAAGUGGCUAGAGGUGAAGCGCCACGGAAGUCUGGAUGCAAUCCGCGGGACGGUAGACAUGCUUACAAGGACGCGUCGUAUCAAGUAUCUGUUGUACGCCCACGGCACCCCGCCACGCACAGAAGACCCUGCCAAUGCACUACGACUGCAGUGGGGGCUGCCGCCGUUGGAGGAGAAGGAGCAACCGGGCCUUCAACGAGAAGAUGACGAUGGGUCGAAACAGCAAAGGACUAAAGUGUGA